CCAUGUUGAAGAUUGCCCUAGUUGUGUUGCUGGCUGUUGUCCCUUUCAUUUCAAGUCAGCUCGUUGGAGGUCAGGUGCCCUACACUACCACUUUAAAUGACCCCAAUGUUUUGUUUGCCGUCAAAGCAAUCAACACCUUCUAUCAGCAACAAGGGGACAACAACCUGAGAACAGGAGUCAAAAUUGUUCACGCCACAUCUCAGGUGGUUGCUGGUGCCUUGUAUAGAUUCACCAUUCAAGUCAGCGGCGGAAGCACGAACGAAGAUUGUACAGUAGCCGUCUGGAGCCGCCCAUGGCUAUCUGGUAAUGAAGCCACCCAACUACAGGGAACACCAUCCUGUGUAGCAUCAGCAUAAAUAACUGCCAACUUAUUUAUUGAUUUUUUUUUUAUUAUAAGAUAAGCUUAAAUCUAUUUCAAAAUAAACAUUUAAUAC